AUGGUCGGACUGAUCCCAAACACGCUCUUCCUGGUGGUCAUCACCUCGACCCUCCUAGCCGGUCUUCGACGCGGAAGCGGCUUGACCUUCCAAACAAACCAGAUCCAGAACGCCACUGGCGCCAAGGCCGUCUCUAUUUACCUGGCCAUCGGCGAGUGGGCAUACGAACGUCUUGUGGGCUUCGCGAAGGGCAGCCGCUACUUCAAGUUCGACCCCAACGUCACGGUGGAUGGGGUCAAGGAUCAGGUCAACGAGUUCACUCAGGGUAUCAAGGCUGCCGCAGAGCAUCUCACGAAGACUGAAUGA